CCCGCCGCAGAAAGCCGCACGUUCCGCGCGUUUGAACGGUGGAUGCGCGAUGACGCCAAGAUCCAAUGGUCAGGAAAGCUCGCCUUCCUCCUCACCUGCCCUCCCCCUCCCUCUGCCCCCUUCCGCCAAGCCGCACGCGCGCGUCCUCCCCGCGCCUCUCGUUCCGCCUCCGCCGCUUCCUCCGCCUUCCCCCCGCCUGGUCCGCUUCCCGUGGGGGUGUUUGCGCGCGCGCCCCUCCCCCUGGGCGCGUCAGUUGCGACCAUUCCCAAGUCUGCCUGCCUCACUCCGCGCACCUCCCUGCUUGCGCCUUACCUCUCCGCCUCCCCAUUCUUCCAAGCAGGGGGGGAGGCAGAGGGGGAAGCGGACAGGUCAGAGGAGGAAGAAGAGGGGGAAGGGGGGAAGGAAGAGGAGGGGGAGAGGGAGGAGGAAGUGGAAGGGGAGGAAGCGGAAGGAGAGCACAACGUACUGUUUGAAAAGGCACUAGGGGCGAAAUCGCGAUGGGCGGCGUAUUUUGGACAGAUGCCGGAGAGAGAGGACGUGCCUGUGUUGUGGGGAAAGCAGGAAGCGAAGGAGCUCUUAAAGGGUACAGAAAUCGAGCAGGCCGUCCCCGGCGACCUUGCAGUCAUGCGUGCGGAAUGGAGGCGCCACAUCCGCCCCUUCCUCCUCUCCCUGCCCCCACACGUGCUCCAGCUGCUCCCCGGUAGCCAAUUCUCGCCUGGAACCAUGUCUCGGGACACUCCAGAGCCACACGAUCAGCAGCUGCACCGCCAGCUGUCGUUCGACCAAUACCUGGCCGCCAAGUCGCUCAUCUCGUCGCGUGCGUUUGCCAUCGACAGCUGGCACGGCCAUGGCAUGGUGCCGCUGGCGGACCUGUUCAAUCACCGCACUGCAAGUGAGUCGGUGCACUUCACAAUCAACGACGAAGAAAGUGAUCAAGAGGAGAGUGAUGCAGAUGGUGAGGAGAGCAAGAAGGAGGGUGAGAAGGACAGUGGGAAAGUGAAGGAGGAUGGAGGAGACGAAGGGGAGAUCGAAGUGAGUGGGAAUGAAGCAAAGGUGGAGAAGCCGGAGAGUGCAGGUGAGGAGGGAAUAGAGGAGAACACUACCGAGCACCUAGAGAUGAUAAUGGUGAGGAAUGAGGGGCCGGGAGACGAGGUUUUCAACACCUACGGCCAGCUCAGCACCGCCGCUCUUCUGCUUCGGUACGGCUUCACCGAGCCUCUCAGCUUCGGCGGUGCCAAACCUAAGGGUGGCACAGAGGAGCUGCCAGUCAGGCUCGGCAAGGCCGAACCCGAUUGUGGUGAAGGCUCGGAGGUGGAGUGUAUUUGCUGUCUACAGUACAACCCGUUUGAUCUGGUUAAUGUGGACUUGAGCGUGAUUAUUAAGGGACUCCGUGUCGACCAAUCACGAGCCGGCAAGAAAGGAGGAAAAACAUUUCUGGGAAGGAGGAUCACCCGACGAGGGCAGGAGUCCAGUCAAUCAAGCUGCACAAAUUUCCGGGCGGCGAACACUGCUCAUUCCAACUGCCUUCCCCCUUGCUCCUCCCGUAGUUUGCGGUGGGCUGUGAAGCUGCUCGAGAGGGCAGGGUGCCCCCCUUUGGAGUCACAAGGGGAGAGGUACUUCGAAAUAUCUGCUGACGGGCGGCCGCAGCUGGAGCUGCUGCUGCUGCUGCGACUGGUGGGGCUGGAUGACGUGGCAGCUGCCAGAGUGGACGCCAGCGUGGCAGAGAGGGAGGCUGACGUGGACUGGGGUGGAUUGAGGGCUGCUGAGCUCGCACGGGUGGUGGGGGAUGUUGAGGGGGAGAGGGAGCGAGGGGGUGACGAAAGGUGGGAGGAGGAAGAGGAGGAAAGGAAAGGAGGAAAGGGGGAGGGUGGUAAUGGUACAGCUGCGGGGAGGAAGAGGAGGAAUGAGGUCGAGGAGAGGACUGGGGGAGGGAAGAGGAGGAUGAAUGGUGGAGGGAAGGUGGGGAGGGGUGAGGCACGGUGGGGUGUGGAACAGGUGAGGCGGGGCAGGAGAUUGAGGGGGAGAGGAAAGGAGAGAGGGGAGGAGAUAGGGGAGGAGCGAGGGGAGGAUAUGGGUGGCAGUGGCGAGGAGGGGGGUGAGAAGGGAGGCAGUGAGGGAGAGGAGGAGAAUGAAAAAGGGGAGAAUGAGAGGGAGGAUGAAGAGGAGGAUGGGGAGGAGGAUGAGGAGGAGGGCAGGGAGGAGGAGGUGGCAGCGACCCGCCGACUUCUAGAGCUACCGACCAUUCGAGCCCUGCUCGACCGCGUCCUGCAUGCUCGCGAUCGCAUGUACGGGGGGCCACCGCACCCCACCUGGUUACCAGCUACGACCUGUGCUCGCAUGUACGGGGGGGCAGAGCUGGGUGGGGGUGUGACUAAAAGAAUUGUGACAAAAAGUGCGUUGACUAAAGGCCGUGGGACACUAGGGGGGGUGGCGAGAAGGGAUGUGGCGAGGACUGGCUUGUGGACCGUUGUGGAUGAUGUGGUGGCAGCACGGGGGAUGGAGAGGGAGGAGAGGGCGACGGGGGGGUGGUGGGGGGAGAGGGAGCAGCAGAGGGGGCAGCAGGAGAGGCAGGGAGAGAGGAAGGAGCAGCAGCAGGAGAGGCAGAGAGAGUGGCACCGAUUGUUGCAUGCAAUGCGGUUGAGAGUGGCCGAGAAGGGUGUGCUGGCGCGGUGCAGAGGGGUGUGGCUGGGUGAGAGGUGCUUGUGUGGGAGGGCGUGGAGGGUUGAUGGAACAUGAGGGUUGAAUGUACAUGAUAUACACUUGAGUAUCUCAAUUGGGGCACUAUUCAUUGGGGGUGUUGGAAAUACCUCAAGGACUUAGCGUUUCUGAAGUGUAACACCACACUCGAGGAAGGUCGUAACGGGUACGCGAGUCAACGGAGGUUACACGAGGGGAUGGACAAACAAAGGACUCGAAGGGUCGCAACUGGAGGUUGCGACUGACAGUUACAACUGCAAAGAUGGUAACCGAAGCGACAAUCGAGUCGCUGUGCGACUCGAUAACCGCUCUUUCAACUGUAUUCUACAAAUUCUUUACUUUCCUACUUUCUAUAUAUUGCUGUAUGCUUGUUCUUUUA